AUGGAAGCCAGCAUAGCGAGGACCACGACAGGGAGAUGCUAUUAUCUGGAUCGGGAACAUGGUUAUAAGCCACUGAGAGAGCUGGGCCGAUUGUGCCUCGGUACGGGUGAGCAGAGCAACGUCGUCGCGGCGGAAGUCUUGCCGGAGACACGCAGCGGACUUCCUCUUCUGCAAGUAUGGCCGAGCGAUUCGCCGAGAGGCGAGGCGGAUGGACAGGCACAGGCGUUCGUAUUCCCGGACGUUCACGAGAGCGUCAACGACAGCGGCAUCGAAUCCAUCCAGGCGUCGCCGUCGCCGUGCGGCGUGUCGAGCACUAGUCCCGCCGCGACGCCACAGCAAUCCCGUCGCGCCAGUCUCCUCCAUCCGGACCACGCUCGGCUGCAGCUGCAUCAUUUGCAUCACAAUCACCACAAUAAUUCCGGGUCUAAGAGCCCGCCGACACCGGACCGGGCCUCGAUCGACGAGGAACCGCCCCCGCUGCCGCCGAGCCCUUCGAGUUCAACCACCAGCAGCCUACGUUCGAUGCCGAGCUCAGCGAUCACCUCGAUGCACUCGCAGGACCGACGACGUAGCAGCAGGUACAGCAUGUUCGACGCCCUGGACCUGGAGUACGCGUUGCUGAGGGCGGCAGCCCGUGGCUCGGUGGGUCCGUAUUCACUUUCUGAGUCCCUGCAUAAGCUGACGUUCACCCAGAGCUUGGCGUUUCCCGCGCUGGCCCGCGGUCUCGCCUCGAAGCAGAGCGUGCCUACCAGAAGGCCGCAGCAGCACACCGAAAGCGGUUUGAACGCGUUCGCGAAAGUGGUGACUGCGCUGGUGCUGGUGCUGGUCAGCGUGCUGGUGUUCGGUGUCGUGUACAAGUUCGUGAGGACGUGA